CAACAGAACCUGGACCCCUCCUUGUGUGCCUGCCUGCCUGCCGGCCGGCCUGGGUGGCAGCAGAGAGAGAGGCUGGCAGGGAAGGGAGAGGGAAGAGGAGGACCCCUCCCCGAGGGAGCCUGGAGUCUAGGUUGGAAGGCCUGGCUGCAGCAGACGCAGCUUCACAGCUCUGAGGAGGUGGCAGAGGACGGGGGAGCCCCAGAGUCCCCGUCAUGUCUUCAUGCCGAGAGAGCUUCCUGGAAUUCCAGCCGGUAUUCGGUGGCCAGCUGGGCUCCCCUCAGGACCCCAACGCUCAACUGGGCCAAGGCCUGCCACAGCCUGAGAACCAGCCAGCCUCCAACUAUGGCACCCAGGAUCUCUCCACCGGUGGCUUGGAUGCCAGGAACGUCCGCAUGAGCUUCCUUUGGAAGGUGCUCCUGGUGCUGACUGUCCAGUCAAUGGCGACACUGGCCGUCAUGGCCGCCUUCCUCUUUCUGAAGGAGGUGAAGACGUUUGUGUGGAGCUCUCUCUGGAUCCUCAGCCUCCCUGUGGCCGGCUUCUUGUUUUCCGCCCUGAGCCUCCUGUGCUGCAGAGGACUCCGGCGAAAGGCCCCCUGGAACCUCCUUGUCCUCGCCAUCCUGACCCUGAGCCACUCCUGCAUGCUCAGCUUGAGGGCCAGCUUCUACACAACGGACAGCAUUCUCAUCGCCCUGGGCAUCAGUGCCGUCAUCUGCCUCCUUGCUGUGCUCUUCUCCAUCAAGGCCCCCUGCAACUUCACCUUAUACAUGGUGGUGCUCCUGGUGCUGCUGGUCCUCCUCUUAAUGGCUGGCCUCACUCUCACGUACCUCCCAGAAUUCAUGAUGGAAUUCACCUUUGCCACCAUGAGAUCCCUCUUCUUCACCUGGUUCCUGGUGGUGGAAACGCAGCUGCUCCUGGGGAACAAGCUGGUGGCCUUCAGCUGUGAGGAGUAUGUCUUGGCAGCCCUCCUCCUGUACGUGGACAUAUUCCUCGUCUUCACUGACAUCACGAGGGCCGUUUAUGCCUUUGGCUUCGUGCUCAAGCUUCUGAAGAUUCUCCCUUUGGGGUAGAGUCCCUUCCUCACAAGCCCUGCUUCGCCUCCUGCUGCCGCCGCCUCCUCCUCCUCUUCCUCCUCUGGCAGCUUUGUCUUUCCCUCCCCUUUUUGUAUUCCUAGAAUCCAAGUUCACCACCUACCCACCCCUUGUACAUUUCCGGGGAAGGCCACAUGACAGGGGUUCAGGCAGGAAAUGGUCCAGCCCCCUGGGGGAAGCCAGGAGAGGGUGAGUUGCUCGGUCCCCACCCUGUGAGGGGUUGUCGGCCCCUCCAGAGAAAAGGACUCCUCUGCUCUGCAUCUCCCCGAAGUGACUUUAGCGGAAGGACUCUGUCUCUGCAAACAGAUGCUGUUCUUUGAUCUAUUGGAAUGGAAACAGGAAUGUUGAUUUCCUUUGGCCCCAGACAUGCUGCCCAGACUGUUUUUUCCUCCCCCAGGCAUGGGAUGCCAAGAGUCUUCUAUUCCGCGUGUGGGGGUGGAGCCUUCCCUGCACGCCAACCCUUUGCUUGCUGGAGCUCUUUUAUGGAGACGAGUGAAGUUCCCCACUCUUCAGCCAGACGCUCUGCACCCCACACCUGGCCUUGCCAUGUGGCUGGCUGGGGGGCGGGGGCUGCACUGCUGCUACUACCUGAGCAGCCCCCACUCUGCCCCUGGGCUGGCCUCAGCACCAAGCUGCAUCCAUAGGAUGACUACUGACAGGAAGGAGCUGCUGGAUACCGGCUCUCCUCCAUUUGGCCGGUCUUGGCGGGAGGGAGGGAGCCGCCCCCAGGGAGUGCCAGGCCAGUGCAUCCCUGCAGGGAAGCGGCAAGGGAGGGUGCGGAGAGGAGGCCUCGGACCUUACAGGGCUGCGGUGGGGAAACUCACAGCUAGCAUGGCUAGCUUGUUUCUUGCGGAACUCCCAGGGCUAAAUAGUCUUCUGCCUGUCUGCUUUCUCUCUCUCUCUCUGCACACACACACACACACACACACACACACACACACUGGUGGUGCACUGAGAGGCCUUGAGGGCUGCUGCAGGGGCCGGGGAGAGCAGCCCCAGGGGCCCAGGAAGGGCUGUGGUGGAGUGAUGUUUCCAAGCCGGGGGAGGGGGGCUAUGCACAAGAGGCACCUUCCAGAAGACCAUAAGAGCACCCUGGCUGGAUCAGGCCCAAGGCCCAACUAGUCCCCAACCUUCUUCCCAACAGUGGCCCACUGGAUGCCUCCAGGAAGCCCACAAGCCAGAGACGAAGGCAGCUCAAGCCUCCCACUGUGGCUGUGGGGCCCUUUUGUCCCCCGUCAGGACAAGAGGACUCUGCUCGCUCCCAGGACACGUUGUCAGACUCUCCCCAGAGGGAGCUCUUUCCUCCCAUUUGCUCCCUCAUGGCUGGGAUGGUGCCAGGUAAACUGAGGCAACAAGGCUUGCAAGGGAGGCAAAAAACAACAAAAGGGAAUUUGAGGGAUGUGUCUGAAAGAAGCGGAAGGCCAAGGACCUGGCAGCUCUGCUCCUUCCAGAAGACGGCGAAAUGGCCACGGGGGGGUCAUGUGCCAGACAUCACUGGAGGGGGAGAGGAGGGUGCCAGCUGAGAACGUGCGUUUGAUCCCAGCUGAGCCUUUCACCCAACCAAGGGAACCCUCUGGUCCUAGGCUGUGGCUAGGCCAGGCAUUGUUCCAACCAGUAAAAAAUUAAGAAAAGGGAUAGUUUCCCCCUAAUAUCUCUUUUAUUUUGUGUGUGUGUGUGUGUGUGUGUGUGUGUGUGUGUGUGUUUAUAUAUAUGCAGCAGUACUCAGUCAUUGACAUAUAGGUCAAGGCUCGCCUUUGAACAGGUUUCAGCUUCUGAAGACAGUAGCAAGCACAAAAUACAGUCAUCCCUCGCCAAGCACUGGCGUUCCAUUCCGGCAAAACCUCGCUGUUGGCAAAUUCAUGGUUUGGCAAGGCAUUAAAGUCUAUGGGAAACGGGGUUGGGGCAGCACGGCCAUAAAAAGACCUAAAAAUAAAGGACUGAACAAGCA